ACAUCACUCCGAACGACGAUGGACGGACAGGCCUCAACAUCCUCUGGCGCAAUGGACGAGCGCAGACAGAACGCGCUCAAAGCAUACCGCGACAAAAUGCGGAACCAUGAGAACAGCAGCCAGACGUUGAAGACGCUAAGGUUCUCGUUAAAGGACCUGCAGAAGGACUACGAGAAGACGGAGGAUGACAUCAAGGCCGUCCAGUCCGUCGGCCAAAUCAUCGGCGAAGUCAUGAAACAACUAGACGACGAACGAUUCAUCGUCAAAGCAUCCUCCGGCCCCCGAUACGUCGUCUCCUACCGCCCCGCCCUCACCGCCGCGAAGCUCAAAGCAGGCACCCGCGUCAGUCUCGACAUGACCACGCUCACCAUCAUGCGCAUCCUCCCACGAGAAGUCGACCCCAUGGUCUACAAGAUGAGUCUCGAGGACCCAGGAGGGGCUACGUUCGCAGGUAUCGGCGGUCUGGGCGAGCAAGUACGAGAACUCCGAGAGGUCAUCGAACUCCCCCUGCUCAACCCCGAACUCUUCCAACGCGUAGGCAUCAAACCCCCCAAAGGCGUCCUCCUCUACGGUCCCCCCGGAACAGGCAAGACCCUCCUCGCGCGCGCCGUCGCCGCCACCAUGCAGACGAACUUCCUCAAAGUCGUCUCGUCGGCCAUCGUCGACAAGUACAUCGGCGAGUCCGCGCGCGUGGUGAGGGAGAUGUUCGGGUACGCGAGGGAUCACGAGCCCUGUGUGAUUUUUAUGGAUGAGAUCGAUGCGAUUGGCGGGAGGAGGUUCAGUGAGGGGACGAGUGCGGACAGGGAGAUUCAAAGGACUUUGAUGGAGCUCCUAAACCAAAUGGACGGUUUCGACUCCCUCGGCCGCACAAAGCUCAUCAUGGCCACCAACCGUCCAGACACAUUGGACCCCGCCCUCCUCCGUCCAGGCCGUCUCGACCGCAAGAUCGAAGUCCCGCUGCCGAACGAACAAGCCCGGCUCGAGAUCCUCAAGAUUCAUUCGAAUCCGGUGAACAAGCAUGGGGAUAUCGAUUAUGAGGCGAUCGUGAAGUUGACGGAUGCGUUUAAUGGGGCGGAUUUGAGGAAUGUGGUCACGGAGGCGGGGAUGUUCGCGAUUCGGGAUGAUCGGGAUUUUGUACAACAGGAGGAUCUGACGAAGGCAGCACGGAAGGUCGCAGAGGCGAAGAAACACGAGACGAAAUUGGAGUUCACUGCAUGAUCUUUGCCUUUCUUUCUUCCUGACUGUGUUUCUCUCCUCCGUUUUGUGUUUGUGUAUUAUGAUACAGCCAGUAUUUGAUGAAGUGGAAACGAUUCGUGCGAAGAAUGCG